AUGAUGUGGAAACCACAAGCCGAAGACUUAAAAGAAAUAAUUACAGUCCUCAAACAGGCUCAGUCGCUGGAUAAGGCCACUCAAAUAGCUGUUAAACAGAAACUAGAGGAACUAAAUCAAUAUCCCGAGUUCAAUAACUACCUGAUUUAUGUACUGAUAAAAUUAAAAACCGAGGAUGAGCCAACACGUACUGUAAGCGGUAUCAUUUUGAAAAAUAACAUCCGAAUUCAUAGAAAUGUUCUACCGCCUGAGAUUAUUGAAUAUAUCAAGCAUGAAUGUUUGCAAGCUAUCGGAGAUCCCUCACCUCUGAUAAGAGCUACUGUUGGUGUAUUGAUCACUACUGUCACCAGCAAUGGCGGUUUACAAAAUUGGCCCCAAUUACUUCCCUCUUUGUACGACAUGUUGGACUCGCAAGACUAUAAUGUAUGUGAAGGUUCGUUCAGUGCUUUACAAAAGAUAUGCGAAGAUUCAGCAGAGAUGCCUGACUCGGGUGUAAUCAAUCGGUCUCUAAAUAUGAUGAUUCCAAAACUCCUUCAAUACUUCAGCCACAAUAGCCCGAAGAUACGUUCACAUGCCAUAGCUUGUAUCAACCAAUUCAUUGUGAACCGAUCACAGGUUCUGAUGAUAUACAUUGACGUAUUCGUUAAAAGUUUAUUUAACCGAUCGUCCGAUGAAGAUCAUGAAGUAAUAAAGAAUGUAUGUCGCGGGUUUGUGAUGCUGUUAGACGUUCAUAUGGAUCGUUUGUUCCCGUAUAUACUAGAAAUUAUUGAGUAUAUGCUCAUACACACCCAAAACCCAGAUCUAACUGUAGCAUUAAAAGCGUCAGAAUUCUGGGUAUCUCUCGGUGAACAGGGUAUUUGCAGGGACGUAUUAGCGCCCUAUUUAGCACAGCUGAUUCCAGUAUUAGUGAGAGGAAUGCGAUACUCUGAAGUUGAUAUUAAACUGCUAAACGGCAAUGUUGAGGAGGGCGACAUGGUGCCUGACCGUGAGGAGCACAUACGUCCUCGAUUCCACAAAUCUUAUACGCACAAGUCGAAAUCUGACGAAAACAAUGUUGAUGAUGUGAUAGAUGAUGACAGUUCACUAUCAAAAUGGGAUUUGCGCAAAUGUAGCAUCGUUGCACUGAUUGUAUUAGCAAGAGCUUUUCAGGAAGAAUGUGUACCUAUUUUUCUGCCCAUUAUUAAAGAUACUCUGUUUCAUCGAGAAUGGUAUAUCAAAGAGAUUGGAAUUGGUAUACUGGGUGCUAUUGCCGAAGGCUGCAUACACAAUUUGAGAUCAUAUCUGCCCGAAGUCAUGCCCUACUUGAUCAGUUGUUUGUCGGACCAGAUGGCAUUCGUUCGCUCCAUAACCUGCUGGACAUUAUCGCGCUAUGCUAACUGGGUAGUAAACCAGCGACAUGAUCAAUAUUUGAAACCAUUAAUUAAAAAAUUGCUAAAACGCAUAUUAGAUUCUAAUAAACGUGUACAAGAGGUAGCUUGCUUUGCAUUCGCUACUCUGGAAGAAGAAGCCUGCACCGAAUUGGUUCCAUAUUUGGAAGAUAUAUUAAAAACACUUAUAUUCGCCUUCUCAAAAUAUCAACAUAAAAAUUUGCCUGGACUAUAUGACGCAGUUGGAACUCUAGCCGACUCUGUGGGUCACCAUCUUAACAAACCACAAUACAUCGAUAUUUUGAUGCCCCCACUAAUUAAAAAGUGGAAUUUGCUAAAGGAUGACGACAAAGACCUAUUUCCUCUUUUGGAGUGCUUGUCAAGCAUCGCAACAGCUUUAAAGUCGGGAUUUUUACCAUACUGCGAUCUAUUUUAUCCGCGUUGCAUUUCACUUAUCGAACAGACGCUGAAUCAAGAUAUGGCAUGCAAAACUAAUCCUGAUCUCGAGUAUCCAGAUAAAGUAAGAAUGAUUGGUGCAUUAGAUUUAUUGACAGGCCUGGCAGAAGGUUUGGCGGGACAUAUUGCGCCACUAGUCGCCAACAGCAAUAUCACACAUUUAGUUCACCACUGCAUGAAGGAUACAAAUAUAGACGUGCAAGAAUCGUCGAUCGAAUUGUUGGGAGAAUUAGUUAAAUCCUGUUUUCAACAUGUGUAUCCAUUCUUUGGAAAAUUGGUACCAACUUUACUUAAACAUAUGAGUGGCCCUAACGAAUUGACCGCUUACUUCGCUUAUAGCGAAAUUCGCGACAGAGUGACGGUCGAAGAACUUGAAAAGUACCCACGUAAAUGA